AUGGCAAUUGCGAGCAGCAGCGGCGGCGCAGGCGCACUGGUUCUGGCCUUCGUUACCGUCGUAGUUCUGCUCUCCCCGUCGUUGUCCGCCCCUCUGGACGGCGCCUGCUUCCACUCGGCAACGUGCCCGCAGCUGGAGAGCAUCGUGCUGCCCUCCGUGCAGGCGGCACUCCAGCGCGAGGUGGCGCUCGCCGCCGACCUCCUCCGCAUCUUCUUCCACGACUGCUUCCCUCAGGGCUGCGACUCCGUGUACCUCAAGGGCAGCGGCACCAAGCCCGCCAUGGGGCCCAUCACCACGCUCCAGCCGCGGGCGCAACAGCUGGUCGAGGAGAUCCGCGCCAAGGUGCACGCGGCGUGCAGCGCCACCGUGUCGUGCGCCGACAUCUCCGCCCUCGCGACCCGCGACGCCAUCGUGCUCUCCGGCAGGCCCAACUACACCGUCCGGGCCGCCCGCUUCCUCGAGGUCGCGCCCGGGGCUCGCUCGCCGACGAGGCCGUUGGGAACGAAGGCUGCCUCCCGGAGUCCGCCAUCCGGGCCUACGGACUUCGGCUGCGCGAGGGCCGUGGACUCCCUGCUCCCGAUGAGCGGCACGCCGGCGUUCAUGUCGCCGGAGGUCGCGCGCGGUGAGGAGCAGGGGUCGGCGUCCGACGUGUGGGCUCUCGGCUUCACCAGUUCUUUGCUUGACGAAUGA